UGGUGCAAUUAUAUUUGGUAGAGAGGAUCCAUUUGGCCUUUCCCCCCACCUGAACAUGAAAUUGUAUUUGCACCCAAAAGAAUCUCUCUUACCUCACCUAUUAUUCAUUUCUCCUCCGAAUUCACCACAUGCUACCAAAUUCGCAUCCAGAAAUAGCCAAUAAUUUACGCACACCUUUUCACUCUUUUUCCUCCACCUUCUUCUUCUUCUUCUCCUGCACAGAGCUAUCCCACUACUCCAUCACGGAAAAAAGCACGCACAACACACACUACUCCGCCUGAGGAAAAGGUGUGGGCGGAGAAAGAGAUGAUGGGUGUGAUGAGCAACCGCUGUUCCCACACUUCCCAUAUCACGGCAAUCAUCAUCACCAGCUUCUUCCGCCAUAAAUUCUGAAAAUUUUACGUAUUCUGCUGCCCAAACAUAUUCAGAGAGAGAAGGAGCUGCAGUCCCGCGAAAAAUGUCGGAUUCUUGAAUUCUGUAGUUUAUUUUUGUUGUCACUGCUCGAAAAAAAAUAAAAAAGAAACUUUUUUCAGUUGUUGUUGUUGUGUGAAUGGCCGGUCGUGAAUUUGCAAACAGCGGCGGCGGCGCUCUGGAUCUGAGUAAGAAGAUGAAAACUUGUGGCCAUGAUCGGCCUCUGGAUUCUGUGUUUGCGUCUGCUCCUUCAAAUUCCUUUCUUGGGCCGGGGGCGAUGGUAAGUUUUGGAGCUGUUGGUAGGGAUAACAGCUCAGGAAACUCGUUUUAUCAGUCGUUUGAGAUGCAGGAGAAUGGGGAAGAAUACUUGGACGACUAUUUUAGUCAACCGGAGAAGAAAAGGAGGCUCUCUGUAGAUCAAGUCCAGUUUCUUGAGAGAAGUUUUGAGGUUGAGAAUAAACUUGAACCGGAUAGGAAACUUCAACUGGCAAACGAGCUUGGUCUGCAGCCUCGUCAAAUUGCAGUGUGGUUCCAGAACCGCAGGGCUCGUUGCAAGACGAAGCAUCUUGAAACAGAAUACGAGACGUUGCAUUCAAGCUACAAGAGCUUGAAAAUGGACUAUGAUUACCUCGUCAAGGAGAAUGAGAAGCUAAAAGCUGAGGUUCUUCACCUCAAACACGAUGGGACUGCUCAAGAUGUGGAGCACGCAAGCUCAGGAGAAUCGGACACUAAAGAACUAUCUGAAGCAAUCCCAGUUUCUACUGAUGAAGAAGAUCAUAAAGUUUCUGUGUCGACUUCUAAGAAUGACGAGCAAAGCUCAACAAAAAGUGACGUGACCAAUGAAGACAGCCCCCGGUUGACAGACGGGAUUCAUCAUCCUCUGUUUGUGAAAUCAGGUGAGUCUCCCCAUGACUUUGAUCCCAGUCAGUCUGUUUUAUCGCUUCAUGGAGAAGAUUGCUUGAACGAGGAAAUGCUACAACGUGCUUAUGUCUUUCCUAAGAUUGAAGAUGCCUAUUGUCACCCUCAUGCAACUUCAUGUGGCUAUGGAUUUUCUGUUGAAGACCAUGCCUUCAAUUUCUGGUCUUAUUAAGUUCUUGCCGUGUAUUUCUAUGAUCUUUUUGAAUUUUUUCCGUAUUCUUGCUUUGAGUAUUUUCUAGGUAAUAAGUGACUGCUGCAACAAAUCCCAGCUCCCCCAAUCGUAGCCGGGCCAUGUCUAAAUGGUCUUCUGUGAAGUAGUCUUGUUUCAAGAUUUUGUUCUUCUAUAUGUAUCAUAUUUUAGUUGAAAAAUAUGUGAAUUAUGUUGA